GAGUAGUAAGAUGUAAAGCUGCUGGCGGGACGCCCCGUUGGCAGUAAGAUAUGAUAUUACCAAGUGACAGCGAGGCCGGUUGAGAUGGAAAAUCAAGAAUCGGCCUCUGAUGAAGAUGACAGGUCGAGGAAGAGGAGUGUUGUUUACAUUCCUCAACCACCUCAGGAGUUUGGGGAUAACAAAGGGGGUCUCCUCAACUGUAGGGCCUUCUUUUUCCUCAUACUCUGGUACUUUUUUAGUGGAUGCACAUUGUUCAUGAAUAAAUACAUUCUUGAAUAUAUGGAAGCAGACCCAACACUUUUAGGUACAUUCCAAAUGUUAAUGACUGGUAUUUGUGGUUUCAUACAACUUUAUUUCCCCUGCGGAAUGUAUAAACAUCACCAACGUCUGUCUAGGCCUCCUGGUUUUUAUCGACACAUGGUGUUGGUUGGCUGCACAAGAUUCAUGACAGUAAUUCUUGGUUUAGUAUCAUUAAAUUAUGUUGCUGUUAGCUUCACUGAAACUAUUAAGAGUUCAGCUCCGAUUUUUACUGUUGCUAUAUCCAGGGUGCUACUUGGUGAAGUUACUACUUUGUGGGUAAAUCUAUCUUUGAUCCCUGUGAUGGGUGGACUCGCUCUAUGUUCUGUGAACGAGCUAUCAUUCAAUACUAAAGGUUUCAUUGCUGCCAUGGCUACUAACUUCACAGAGUGCUUGCAGAAUGUUUAUUCUAAAAUGCUCAUUAGUGGAGAUAAAUUUAAAUAUACGCCUGCAGAAUUGCAGUUUUAUACCUCACUUGCGUCUGUGGCAUUACAAGUACCAGCUUCACUCUUCUAUUUGCAGUCAGGAUCUACUUCUCCAAUGGGAAUAAAUGUGAUAUUUGCAUUUGUUUUGAAUGGAAUCUUCUUUCAUUUCCAGAGUAUUACUGCAUAUGUUUUAAUGGACUAUACCAGUCCUGUCACUCAUAGUGUUGUGAAUACACUUAAGAGAGCUCUUCUCAUAUGGGUGAGUGUUCUACUGUUUGGGAAUGAAGUUACAGCUUUGUCAGCCCUUGGGACAGGCCUUGUUUUUGGUGGUGUUCUGCUUUAUAACAGAGCUGUGCAUCUUGGCGGAAUGAGGAAACCGAUGAGGGAAGUUACUGUGAGAUAAGCUUGUACAGGAAGAUAUCCUGUUUCAUACAUCCCUAAUUUCUGUAUAGCUCAAAUAUUUCUUAAUGUGAUACCCUAUUUAUUGUAAUUAGAUUAUUAUUUAAGCGUGAUAUUUAGGCCAGUUUUAAUAGUCGUUUGUCUGCUUUAAUUGUAAGUUAUCAUAUUUUUCUCUUUGUAUAUUUUGUAAAUAAAUUUAUAUUUCGAAAUGUUUAUAGAGACAUUGUAAAUAUU